CUCUGUUUGAAUUCAAUGUUCUCUCUGUUUGUGUUUCCUGAUCACCCCCUGCCACCCUACAGUAACUCCGGGGCCCACUGCAUCACGUGUUCUUACAAAGCCAGUUCGGGUCUCCUGUAUCCCCUCGAACGGGGGUUCAUCUACGUCCACAAACCCCCGGUUCACAUCCGCUUUGACGAGAUCUCCCACGUCAACUUCGCCAGAGGCACCACGACCACCCGCUCCUUUGACUUUGAGAUCGAGACCAAGCAAGGCAGCCUGUACACCUUCAGCAGCAUCGAGAGGGAGGAAUAUGGGAAACUCUUUGACUUUGUCAACGCCAAAAAACUCAACAUCAAGAAUCGCGGGAUGAAGGAGGUAAGCUGACCCAGCCCGCGAUCGGAUC